AUGCCUUACUUAUCCUAUGGAGAUGUUCAGCUCAGUCGUGACGAUGUUGAGCUAUUGAAGGCACCCAACUGGAUCAAUGACUCUUUGAUUGAAUUCUACUACGAAUAUUUGGAACGAGAACUGUUCCCAACGUCAUCUGGCAUCUGCUUCUUGAGACCUGCUCUCGUCCAACUAAUCGCUCAUCAAGAAGAUCCUACUCAGUUGAAACAUGCUCUGCCAACUGACUUGCAACACCAGAGAGCCAUAUUUUGUCCCUUAACCGACGUGACAGAUAAUUCUGCUGGGGGCUCUCAUUGGUCACUACUGGUAUUCUUUCGGGACACCAACACAUUCUACUAUUAUGACUCUUAUGGAAACUACAACGUACCUUCAGCCAAGUACAAGCUCGCAAAGUUGUACGCUGCAUUCACGAAUGAUACCUCCUCAGCACCUGCUUUUGCUGAAGUGACUACUCCUUCUCAAAUCAAUGGAUAUGAUUGUGGUUGUUAUGUAUUAGCUAUUUCGGACAUUUUAGCGAAGCGUCUCCACAGUGUCUUCUCAAGCAGGAAGUCAGUUGAGGUAACUGGGAAACCGGGGGAUUUAGCUCAGUGGAAUAUCAGUAAAUUGCUGCCGCCUGAGGAGAUUCAUCAGUAUCGAGAACGCGUUCGCCAGCUCAUUGAAGAAUUGCGCAACUAA